CCGGCGACCAUUUUUGUGAGAUCCUGGCAGUUCCUAACUCGCUUUACGAGACGCUUUCCGCGACGAACAAGUGUUGAUUUAGCUCGUGGCGAUCUCGCGCAAAUAACGAGGGGAGAGAGAAAGAGAGAGCAUUCGCGUUCGUCGAUCGUGACUACAUCGAGCGAAGGGAGAAACGUCGCGAAUGAACGCGUGACACCGUCGGUCUGCCAACAUGUUGACGACGGUCCGCCGCCACAAGAUCAUACCGUGCAAAGCACGUUCAACGUAUAACGAGUGAUACUUGAUCGUGCCUGAGAAGAGGAGGAGGAGGAGGAGGAACGUUCGAGCGGAAAUUCCUGGGGUUUUACGCAGUAUUGUACAGCCGGCGAACGUGGUGAAAUUGCGCGACAGAUACAACAUCUGUGCUCCUUAGCUCGUAAUCCAAGUGGAGUCUCGCGCAUCGCUACCACAAUUCUUACUAUGCGGGCGUUUCGCCGACGUGCUCUCACUAUCGGCGCGGCCCCGUAACAGUAUAUUAAUUGAUAAUUGACGAGGGAAGAAGUUAUCGUUUCACUACUCUCGGACUGUGCAAUCCUCUCGGACAACAGGCGCGACAAUGGCUGCGACCUUCGAUCAGUACGACAAGUCGAGCUGGUACUUUGGUGCCAUGUCGAGACAAGAUGCUUCUGACUUAUUAAUGGGUGAAAAGGAAGGUGGUGUAUUUUUGGUACGGGAUAGCACUUCCAUACAUGGUGACUUUGUGCUAUGUGUAAGAGAAGACAGCAAAGUUAGCCACUAUAUCAUCAAUAAGAUCCAACAAGGGGAUCAAGUUCGGUAUCGGAUAGGCGAUCAGAUGUUUCCAGACAUUCCCAGUCUACUGGCCUUUUAUAAAUUACAUUACUUGGACACCACACCAUUAAUCAGGCCUGCUCUGAAAAAGACACAAAGGAUAAUUGCAAAGUAUGACUUUGAGGGCAAUGAUCCAGAUGACUUACCCUUUAGGAAAGGUGAAAUACUCACUGUGGUAUCGAAGGAUGAGGAGCAAUGGUGGACAGCUAGAAAUAGUCUUGGCCAAAUUGGUUCAGUGCCGGUGCCGUACGUUCAGAAGUACGACGAGGACAACCACAUGAUAAUAGAGAACAAUUCGCGACCGGAGAGCGGCGGCAGUUCAGGCUCCAAUUCGAAUUCGGGCUCGGCUACUCAGGUGCCGCAUGAAACGACGGCGGGUCAAGCAACGACCACGACCGUCACGCGAAGAUCGAACAUUCAGAGAACGCUACCAGCAUUCGCGAAAGUGAAACAGGCUAGGGUACCGAAUGCGUACGACAAGACCGCGCUGAAGCUGGAAGUAGGUGAUAUAAUAAAAGUGACAAAGACUAAUAUUAACGGUCAAUGGGAGGGCGAGCUGCACGGCAAGGUCGGGCAUUUUCCGUUCACGCACGUAGAAUUCGUAGACAAUGAGACCGGCGAGGACAAUCAGGAGAUUUAACAGAAGUUCUCUAAGUGCGAUGCACCGUGCGUGUGACAAAGGGGAGAGGGGGUGAGGGAGGGAGGGAGAGAGAGAGAGAGAGAGAAAGAAAGAGAGAGAUAGAGAGACUCUUCCUAUAUUAUCAAUUUAGGUUACUAUAAUAACAUCUAUUAUAUGUACCAUCGCGCACAGAUGUGCUUGUUUUAUCCGGAGGUCCGAACAAUCAUGUUACGUUCGAUACGCUACCGUCGCCGCAUGUUACAACGCUAAACGAACCCCAGAUUCUUGUGCAAUACGUCGGAACAUAGGAGAUGCUUGGAGGUUCACACGAUUGGUAUCUCCGCAGUGUGUUAAUGAUUUAGUCACGCGUCAGCCCACAAUAUCUUACGUUACACAUCGCUAAUCUCCCAAAGCACAAGCAUAAUUUUUAUGACGUUAUAUUAGAUAUAGAUGAUAUGUAAAGUAUAAAGUUAUAUAUGUAUUAGUACGAUCUUAGAAUUUUAUUUUGGAAACGGUAAAAGAAAUCACGUCUCAGAGGACAAAGAAGCAAUAGGCGCAACGACUUUCUUUCUUUCUUUAACGCAGUAUUUGUAGGAUGUAUAUUCUAGCAGAGUUUUUUAAUUUACAGUUUCAACAGAUCAAGCUGCGUGUAUCCUCUCGCCUUUCUUCUCCUAGAUAUAUACAUGUAAUAGUAUAGCGCACUAGUUUAACACUCACAUACGCGUAGGUUUUAUCGAGGGAUUUGUUGAACGUUCCGAGCUAACGGUUGAACGCACCGAGUUUUCUAUUCACGCUCGACAAGAGCAACCCAUCCACACGGACUUGUUGAUUUUAUGGAGAAUUAUAUUAUCAAUUUAUAAACAUAUAUAAGUUAUCACGCAUACUCUUAUUUAUGAAUAAUAUCGCAAUCGAAAGGAGGUAUGCUUCUUGUGAGACGUCUUGUUAGUGUAAUGUACUACGGCUAAUAUUAAUCCUGAAGUUGGGACGGGUAUAUUCCGCGCGCCGAAUAUACGGUAAUGUCUUCUAGUCAUACAGUGACUAUGAUAGAAAGCUACUGUGUAUACUUAUCAUUGUCUUCGCUGCUGUGUUACUGACGCUUCCGAAUAUCCGCGAUGUUGGUAUGUACAACAGGAAAAAGACGAUGCGACAUAGAGCACCAGUCCCCGCGAGCUACGCGAGAGCGUCUCUGUCUCAUGGUACAUAUAAUAGCUGUUAGCCAUAGGUUGUGCCACACUGGAGCAACUGAUUGUGGUAGGAAUUUGUAUUUAUAUAGAAUGAUGGAAAGGUUAAUUGUAUCAAAAAGUCGAUCGUACACUUACAGGAUGGUUGUCGUCAUCGGGAGCACUUCGACACGGCGGAUCUCGUCGAACAUAAAUAUAAUUAAUUUUCACAGAUAUAAUUAACUUCCAUUUUCAAAGAGAUAAGAGGUGUGUUCGCUGUCAAAGUAUCUCUCAGGUCGACGAUAUCAGCCUGUAUAUCGGGGCUGUAUACAAUAAAUUCUCGUACAAUGUA